AUGGGGCCGCUGCUGCUGCUGCUGCUGCUGCUGCUGUCGCUGCUGGCAGCAGCAGCAGCCUCGGGGGGGCCCCCCGGGGGCAGGGGGGCCCCCAGGGGGGGCCCCCAAAAGGGCGGCCACCCCCAGCAGCAGCAGCAGCAGCAGCAGCAGCAGCAGCAGCAGCAGCAGCAGCAAGAAAGCCUGCUGCUGCAGGACAUGGAGGUGGUGGAAGUCAUCAGCCCCGCAGUGGACUCGCGGCCGAAGUUGCUGGCGAAGCUGCCGAACGGCGUGGAGGUGCUGGCGGUGCAGGAAGCAGCAGCAGCAGAAAGCGGCCUUGUUGCUGUUGCUGCUGCUGUUCGCGGGGGAGUGCUGCAGGAGCCGCUGCACCUGCCGGGGCUGUCUUUGCUGCAGCAGCAGCAGCAGCAGCAGCAGCAGCAGCAGCAGCAGCCGCAGCAGCAGCAGCCGCAGCAGCAGCAGCCGCAGCAGCAGCCGCAGCCGCCGCCGCCGCCGCCGCAGCAGCAGCAGCAGCAGCAGCAGCAGCGGCAGCAGCAGCAGCAGCAGCAUGAGUCUUUUGCUGCUCUCGUCGAAGCACUUGGGGGGCCGCAGCCGCUGCACCUGGCGGUCUCCGAAGAAGACACUUCGGUGGCUUUUCAACAGCAGCAGCAGCAGCAACAGCAGCAGCAAAAGGAGCAGCAGUGGCAGCAAGCAGCAGCAGCAGCAGCAGCAGCAGCAGCAGCGGGCGGGCCCCCCUUCCCGCCCUCGCUGCAGCUCACGCGGGGCGACCAGCAGCAGCCCCCCCAGCAGCAGCAGCAGCAGCAGCAGCAGCAGCAGCAGCAGCAGCGCGGGGGCGCUGCUGCGGGGCAGGGGGGCCCCCUGCUGCCAGGGGGGCCCCCCGGAGAGGGGCCCCUCGGGGGUUUUGUGUCUCCGAGAUUUGUUUUUGUGGAAUCUCUCGGAGUUGAUGUGCUGGCAGCAGAUGUUGAUGUUGCUGCUGCUGCUGCAGCAUGGCGCAUGCACUACUACAGCCCCGGGGCCCUGAAGCUGGUGCUGGUGGGCCCCGGGGAGCCGCAGGUCCUGCUGCGGCUUGCUGCGGAGGCCCUGGGGCCGCUGCAGCAGCAGCAGCAGCAGCAGCAGCAGCAGCAGCAGCAGCAGCAGCAGCAGUUUAACUGCGCCGAGCAGAGGGCCUCCGAGGUCGAGGCCCUCAACCCCCAGCCCCCGCUCUUCGCCUCCCACUGGCUCCCUGCAGCAGCAGCAGCAACAGCAGCAACUGCAGCAGCAACUGCAGCAGCAGCAGAAACUGCAGCAGCAGCAGAAACUGCAGCAGCACACGCAGAAGCAGGGGCCCCCAUGGGGCCCCCCGCCUGCCCCAACCCCAGGGACUUUACGGAGGCCCAAAAGACAAAGAAUGCCUCUUCCGUCUCUCUUGCUGCUGCUGCUGCUGCGGGUGCUGCUGCGCAGCCACCGCUGCUGCAGCAGCAGCAGCAGCAGCAGCAGCAGCAGCCUGUUGCGCGGCCGCAGGACCUCAGCAAAAUGCUGCUGAUGCUGCCAGCAAAUCGACAGACACAUAUUAUUGAGUUUGUCUUCGUGCUGGAGACAGAAGGCCCCAGGAGGCCCCCUUGCUCCGAUAUCAAGGCCUGCCUCAUGUGA